AUGUCUGCCAUCUACAUGAGCCAGCUCUCCACUGCCCUCCCUCUCAUGGAGGGAGAUCAUCACCAAGAUCAUCAUCAUCACCACCACCAAGGCCACUUCCAAGCCUUCACGCUGCCAAAGGAUCCCCCAAUCCUUUUUCCCUUUGUGAUCAGCAAUAGUAGCGCCAGCGAAAGCAGUCUAAGCUAUGGAUCGGCAGACCAUCACUUGUUGAGGCAGCAUCGUCAUCAAGCUAUGCUCGAGACCCAACAUAUGAUUGGUGGAUCAUCAGCUGCGAGUAGUGUCUUCGCGACGCCGUUCCCGACUAUGGAGAGCAUCCGUGACGACAUGAUCGAGCCUGCCUCGUACGAUCCAUACGAUAUGGGGAAGCUGCACCAGGUGGUCGGUGGCGGGUCGAUGGAUGCUUGCAGCUGGACGCCGCCGGCGGCCAAGAUGAGGAUCACGAGGAAGGCCACUGCCGAUCCCAGUGGUGCUGCGGGGAAGAAGCCGAGGAGAAGGGCGCAUCAGGCAGGGUACGACGCCGACAUGAACAUGAGCGGCCAACCAAAUUUGGGUGUUAUUAGGGUGUGCUCCGACUGCAACACCACCAAGACGCCCUUGUGGAGGAGUGGUCCUUGCGGCCCCAAGUCGCUCUGCAACGCGUGCGGUAUCAGGCAGCGGAAGGCGCGGCGGGCGAUGAUGGCCGCCGCCUCCGGCUCGGGGCCAGCAAUGCCCACCGACAGCGGCAAGGCCUCGCCCAGCAACGCCGCCGCGGCCGCAGCAGCACACCCCAAGGUGAAGAAGGAGAAGAGAGUGGACGUGGACCGGUCGCUGCCGUUCAAGAAACGGUGCAAGGUGGUCCAGGUCCAGCAGGAUCAUCACGCUGCGGCCGUCGCAGCUCCUGCCGCUGCCACUGACAGGGCGGCUGUCGUCGUGCAGGCCACCGCCGCCGAGGUUGGUGACGACGACGCCUGUCCGAGCAGGGACCUGCUUGUCGACGACAUUGGCGGGCUCAUCAGCUGGAGCAGGAGUCCGGCGGCUCCCGCAUCUGCAGCUGCUGCCUCCUACAGCUUAUUCCGGGCGUCGCCGGCGUUGCCGGUGCAGCAGGACGAGAUCACGGACGCUGCCAUGCUGCUGAUGACGCUGUCCCGCGGGCUUGUCCGGAGCUGA